GUACGAAUGAAUAUUAUAAAUUUUAUUCAUGUUUUAUACUUUUAAGUCAAAAAAAUACUAAUUUAGUUAUAAUCAAAAAAAUAGGAGUUGAUAUUGCUUUCAAAAAACUUCAUCAAUUUCUUAAAAUUGAACAUUAUCUAUAUAUCGGAGCGUUUUUUAAGAUAGUGAUUUUAACGGCUAUCAGAUUAAUUUAUACAUGACCCAAAUAUUUCACGUCCAUACUAUGCAGCGACCAUACCGUGCUACCGUUGUUUUUGCAAAGAGCAAAUGACUUUUUAUAAGUCAUAAUUUGAAAUUCGUAGCAAAUAUGAUCCAGAUUUUGUUUUUACUAAUCGAUUAUUGUAACCAAGAAAUUGUCAUUAGUUAUUCAGAAUAUAACACUUAGUAUAAAAAUGAAGAAUUGGCAAAUUAUAUCUGUUCUGCUGAUAAUAUCGUGUUUGAUAUUUAACAAAGCAAUUCAAUAUGAAAAUUCGAAUGAAGAACAGACAUGCCAAUUGAAAAAAGAUAUAACGACAAAAGUUUUAGAAAAUGAAAAUUUGGAAUUGUUAAAAUAUGCUUUUGAAAAUGGAUGUAAACGGGAUGUUAAUACAGCAACAAAUGCGGCUGCUAAUGGAUAUUUAGAAUGUUUAAAAUAUGCACAUGAAAAUGAAUGUCCUUGGGAUGAAAGCACAACAGAAGCAGCUGCUUCUAGUGGUAAUUUAGAAUGCUUGAAAUAUGCUUUUGAAAAUGGCUGCAAAUGGGAUGAACGUACAACUACUGCAGCUGCCAAAAAAGGUGAUUUAAAUAUUUUAAAAUAUGCACAUGAAAAUGAAUGUCCUUGGGAUGAAAGCACAACAGAAGCAGCUGCUUCUAGUGGUAAUUUAGAAUGCUUGAAAUAUGCUUUUGAAAAUGGCUGCAAGUGGGAUGGACGUACAACUACUGCAGCUGCUGAAGAAGGUGAUUUAAAUAUUUUAAAAUAUGCACAUGAAAAUGAAUGUCCUUGGGAUGAAAUCACAACAGAAGCAGCUGCUUCUAGUGGUAAUUUAGAAUGCUUGAAAUAUGCUUUUGAAAAUGGCUGCAAGUGGGAUGGACGUACAACUACUGCAGCUGCUGAAGAAGGUGAUUUAAGUAUUUUAAAAUAUGCACAUGAAAAUGAAUGUCCUUGGGAUGAAAUCACAACAGAAGCAGCUGCUUCUAGUGGUAAUUUAGAAUGCUUGAAAUAUGCUUUUGAAAAUGGCUGCAAGUGGGAUGGACGUACAACUACUGCAGCUGCUGAAGAAGGUAAUUUAAGUAUUUUAAAAUAUGCACAUGAAAAUGAAUGUCCUUGGGAUGAAAUCACAACAGAAGCAGCUGCUUCUAGUGGUAAUUUAGAAUGCUUGAAAUAUGCUUUUGAAAAUGGCUGCAAGUGGGAUGAACGUACAACUACUGCAGCUGCUGAAGAAGGUGAUUUAAAUAUUUUAAAAUAUGCACAUGAAAAUGAAUGUCCUUGGGAUGAAAUCACAACAGAAGCAGCUGCUUCUAGUGGUAAUUUAGAAUGCUUGAAAUAUGCUUUUGAAAAUGGCUGCAAGUGGGAUGUAAGUAUUAUUGCGAAUAAUGCUAUAAUUAGUGGUAAUCUACAAAUAUUAAAAUAUGCACACCAAAAUGGAUAUGAAUUCAAUGAACAUACAACUAAUUUUGUUGCCAGUAUUGGUUAUUUAGACAUUAUAGAAUAUGUCCUUGAAAACGGAUAUGCAUGUAAUAUAACUACAACUUAUAAGGCUGCAAGAAGUGGUAAUCUUCAAAGCUUAAAAUAUUUACAUGAAAAUAGAUGUCCAUGGGAUGAAAGUAUAACAAAAAUCGCUGCUUAUUUAGGACAUUUUAAAUGCUUAGAAUAUGCUCAUGAAAAUGGAUGUCCAUGGGAUGAAAGUACAACUACUGCGGCAGCUAAGAGAGGUUACUUAAAAAUUUUAAAAUAUGCUCAUGAAAAUAAAUGUCCGUGGGAUGAAAGCACAAUAUACGAAGCAGCCCUUUAUGGUAGAUUUGAAUGCUUACAAUAUGCUUAUGAAAAUGGCUGUAAAUGGCAUGAAAGUACUACUGCUGUAGUUGCUAAAAGAGGGGAUUUAAAAAUGUUAAAAUAUGCACAUGAAAAUGAAUGUCCAUGGGAUGGUAGCACAACAAAAAUAGCUGCAAUUUAUGGUAAUUUUAAAUGCUUAGAAUAUGCACAUAAAAAUGGCUGUCCAUGGGAUGAAUAUACAACAUAUGUGGCUGCCAUAAAAGGCCAUUUAAAUAUUUUAAUAUAUGCUUAUGAAAAUAAAUUUUCAUGGGAUGAAAGCAUAACAGAAGCUGCUGCUUCAAGUGGUAAUUUAGAAUGUUUACAAUAUAUAUUUGAACAUGGCUGUAAAUGGGAUGAACGUACAACUACUAUAGCUGCUAUGACUGGAGAUUUAGAUAUUUUAAAGUAUGCACAUGAAAAUGAAUGUCCGUGGGAUGAAAGCACAACAGAAGCAGCUGCUUCUAGUGGUAAUUUAGAAUGCUUGAAAUAUGCUUUUGAAAAUGGCUGUAAAUGGAAUCAAAAUAUCAUGAGAAGUGCAAUUGUGAAGGGCAAUCUAGACAUAAUAAAAUAUGUUUACGAAAAUGGAUGUAUGUUGUAUGAAGGAGCUCUGCGUGAAGCUGCUGCAAAAGGUAAUUUGGAAUUUUUGAAAUAUGCACAUAAAAAUGGUUGCAAAUGGGAUGAAGGCACAACUCGAGCUGCCGCUAACCGUGGUUGUUUUGAAUGUUUAAAGUAUGCCCACGAAAAUGGAUGUACUUGGGAUGACGGGACAACUAAUGCCGCUGCAGCGAGUGGCUGUUUAGACUGUUUGAAAUAUGCUCACGAUAAGAAAUGUAAUUGGGAUAAAGAUACAAUAGCUGUAGCAUCUUUGCAUGGUAAUUUAGAUUGCCUAAUAUAUGCCCGUGAACAUGGAUGUCAUUGGGUGGAAGGUACUAUGAGAGGGGCGGCAGCAAAUGGACAUUUAGAUUGUCUAAAAUAUGCUCAUGAAAAUGGGUGUCUGUGGGACGAAGGCACAACAAGGGAAGCAGCUGCUAGUAAUUUUAUUAACUGUUUCGUAUUUGCACAUAAAAAUGGUUGUAAAUGGGAUGAAGGAACUAAGAGUGGAGCUGCUGCAAAUGGCAAUUUAGACUGCCUUAAAUAUGCUCAUGAAAAUGGAUGUGAGUGGGAUAAAAGCACAACAAGACUUGCUGCUACAAAUGGAGAAUUUCGUUGUCUAAUUUAUGCUCAUGAAAAUAAUUGUCCUUGGAGUAGCGGAACAAUUUCUGAAGCUACUCUAAAUGGUUAUACUAAUAUUAUUAACUAUGCAACUAACAAUGGCUGUCUUAAUUAAUAUUCUGUUGAAAUAUCGUAAUUUUUAUUGUUUUAAAUCAUGUCUAUUAUAUUAUUAAUAAAUGAAAUUAAUAGGAAUCAAUUUAUUCAAUAUUAACAUUUUACCAGAAUGAAAUUAUAAAAUAAAACUCAAUAUUACAGUUUUUUAAAUUAUUAUUUAAGUUGUGUAUGACAAUUAAUCACUUUUUAUAUUGGGUUUGUUGUUACAUAUACAUAUAUAUCGAUAUGGGUUUAUAAUGGUAAUAUGGUAAUAUGACAAGGUCGCAUUGCACUUCCGGCUUUACUGCUGAAUGGCAACUGCAACACAGCUGCCUCUCCUUGUCUGACAGGUCACGCGACGCUGAGUGACUUUGGGAGACGUGAACCGGUCCGGCGAUGCAUACAUUUUUCUUCGCAACAUAAUUAACACUUACAACUUCCUUCCGGAAAUAAAAUAAUAAAAAGGUAUCUGACUACUGAUUCAGUGGUCAGUGUUCAAUCAGUGAAUGUUACAUUAUAAUCGUUAUAACUUUGACUCUUCCUGACAACACUUAUCAGAAUUUAAUAUGGUUAAAUUAUUUUAACUCAAUUACUAAAAGUUAUUUUAUAAUAACACUUCAUCUAAUAAAAUCAAAACAUUUUGAUGUUGAUUUAACACUCGUCGAGUUAGCAUCUCAAUUAAUAACAGUGUUUAAAUCAAAACAGUUCUAAUAUUAUAGAUUGGCAUAUAGUAUUUUAUAUUACAAUAACAAUUCUAAUAUUCACGUUUAUAUUUAAUUUUUUGAGGGCUAAUAUUUACUUGUGUUCAUAUCAAAUAGUAUGUAUUUACAGUGACUAACGAGAAGUGUCAAUAUAAAUGAAAAUAACUAUAAACUUGAAAUUUUCGCUUCAACGUCCCUAUUAAUUGUUAAAACAAUACCGAGAUUUCUAUAUGUGUAUAAUAAUUAGUGACAUUAUCUAAAUAAUUAAUUUUUUAACACUUUACUAGAUUAAAUUUUAAAAAAUGUACUAAUACAUGAUUUUUUUAUUUAAAAAUAUCUUAUGGUAUGUGAGCGAAACAGAUAAUAAAUAUUUCUCAUGGAGAAAAUGGUGCGGCUUGUCAUAGAAAUAAAACGUAUAUCCUUGGUCAAAAAUCAAGAAAUAUCAACGAAAUUUUCAGAGCACCAUAGGAUUUUUUUAGGUACGACUGGUAAAAUUUUAAGUUUUAAAUUGAAAAACGCUGGCGAAAAUAAGCGUUUUUGAUAAAAUUAUGAAACGCCUCACUGUGUAAAAAAAUAUUUUCUCAUCUUUGAAAUUAAAUUUCCUAGAAUAACGUUGUGGAGCUAUUUCAUUAAAAAAAAAAAUUUGAAUUAGUUAAUACAAUAUUUGAUAUGAGAUAAACAAUUAUUUAAAUUGUCUUGUUAUGCUAACUUAUUGAUAACACUCCGUGUUUGAUCAUUAAUUACACAUUUGGCAUAAUUUUCAUGCUCGUACAAAAAUUGUAUAAUUUUUCAUUAAAGU